AUGUGUUGGCAGAUUAUGCACAACUGUCUGCCUCUCAAAGCGCCACUCUCUCCUUCUUUCCUCAGAUGCAUCUUCGAUUACUUAGACAUCCACUCCGCGGACGAGAAGGAGCAACAACGUUUCUGCGGCAAGGAGAUUCCCGGCUAUCCCAUUGUCAUCCACAGCUCCAGCGCAGAGGUGGGAUUC